AAGCCUACCUAUAUGAGCUGCUUCCAAGCUCAGACCAAUCGAACCAACCAACCAUCGAUCACAAGUCGUCGUCUCAACCAUGGCGAUUUCCUCCAUCAGCUGCUGCCUCAGGACUCCAGCUCCGCCCAAAGAAGCUAGCACUCGUCGUCUCCAACCCACGCCGCCAACCACGCUCACGCCGUGGUCGAGCGGGCUGCGCCGGGCGUGCGCGGCGGCCGCGGCGUGCGCCGUCAUGGGGAUGGCGGACGGCGGCGACAUGGUUCUUGCGCGGGACAGCACGGUCGCCUCGAGGGCGGACGGCGUCGUGGCCGCGCAGGCGCAGGCGCGGGCGCCGCCGCGGUGGAGUGACCGCAGGCAGUGCCCGCCGUGGCGGGCCAACUCGCUGGAGAACAUCGUGCCGGAGAACCUGCCCCGGCCGUCGGCGCGCCGGAGGUUCAACAGCAUCACGGCGGAGGAGAGGACGGCCCCGGCCCUCGCGCCCGGCGCGGUGGCGCCGUUCCUCGCGCUGCACUCCGGCAUGGGCUGUUUCUCCCUCUAGGAAAGUGGCUGGACACUCUGCAAUUGCUGCAGUUGCAUUCGUGUUUAUUUGUAAGGGGGGUGAUUAGAGUAGCAAAAUGGGCACCCGGAUUCAGUUCCAAAUUAGUGAAGAUUGUACUGGUUUGUAUAGAGAAAUAAUUUGCCCCACUCGUCAAUAUUACUUAUUCGCUAGAGUGGGAGAACAAAAAAUAAACAACAGACGGGCAAGAUUCUUGUGUGACAGUUUCUUUAUUUUUUGCUCUUAAAUGAGCUAAUUCUACCA